CACCAUGCCUUGAGUUCAUUCAGUAGAACUUUUUAACUAGUCUUCGAAACACUUGACUAGAUUUCUAUAUCUAUCUACAAUCUAGAUGCAUGAUUUGAUAUAGUUUGAUAGUGAUUUUUAAACAUUAUGAAAAAUUUCAUACCAAUAUUACUUUUUGGUUUGUUUUUCGUAACUACUUCGUCUUACAUAAAUUUUAAUGAUCAGUUUUCAAUGCAAGAUGUGGAAAAGUGUGAUGAUAAAGUAACGAACCAAGAUUUUAUGAAUCUAGCUCGACGAUAUGGAUACAAACCAGAAGAACAUACUAUAAUCACCGAGGAUGGAUAUAUUUUUAAUAUAUUUAGAAUUCGAGCAACUUUUUUAUCACCUGAAGCGGAAGGAAAACCACCAGUUCUAGUUGGACAUGGAAUUAUGUCAUCAGCAGAUAUUUGGGGACUUUAUAAUCGAUCAUUAGGAUAUGCAUUGGCUGAUGCUGGAUUUGAUGUCUGGUUAGGCAAUAGUAGAGGAAAUAGCUAUGGGCGUUUGCACAAACGUCUAUCACCAGAAGAGCCUCGUUUUUGGAAUUUUUCGUGGCAUGAAAUAGGAAAAUUAGAUUACGCUUCAACAAUCGACUACAUAUUAAAUAAAACCAAUAAACCUAAUUUAACGCUAAUUGGAUAUUCAAUGGGAGGAACUGCAUCACUGGUUUUAUUAUCCGAACGACCUGAGUACAAUCAAAAAAUAAAUGUGUUAAUAAAUUUAGCACCAUCUGUCUUUUUAAGAAAUCAAGAUGCAAUGAGAGCAAUUUUUUUUAAUAUUCUCUAUCAACUCAAGGAUAUUAUUGAUCCAAAUGAAAUGAUAGAAUUUUUACCUCAAGGUAAUGCUUUGAUACGAUUGGCUCAAGACAUAUGUAAAGAUCUUUUAGACUUUUGUGGAUUUAUAUUUCAAUUAAUUACUGGCCAUGAUAGAAGACUACAUGACAAGAAAGAAAUCAUGUUUGCAUCUUAUUUUUAUCCUUCUGGAUCAUCAGCAAGAUGUUUAUGGCAUUACUGUCAAAUGGCUCUUAGUGGUAAAUUUCAGCAAUAUGAUUUUGGUAGAACCAGGAAUCUUUUGCACUAUGGUCAAAAUAAUCCUCCUGCCUACAAUCUCAGUAAUGUUAAAGUUGAUAUGGUUAUUUUCAAGGCAACAAGGGAUUAUUUUAGUACUAAAAAUGAUAUAGAAGAAAUAAACAAUGAUGUUUCUUCAAAUGUAACAGUUGAAACAGUAAAUCAUCCAACGUUUUCACACUUAGAUUUCGUGAUUGCUUAUAAUGUUAAAAAUCUCGUCUAUGAUCGUAUAGCAGAGAUUAUAAAUGAAUAUAAUAAAUAGAAUUAAUAAAAAGUAUAAAUAAAUAAUGAAAUAUCGAAGAUUUAAAAUAAGAUAUA